AUGGCAUCAAAAAUUCUGGUCUUGGGCAACGUCAAUUGCGCCCUUCAAGAGGUAUUCACCAAGAUCGCGAAACUUCAAGCGAAGCAGAACUUCGCUUUUGCCAUCGUGGUUGGAGACCUCUUUGGAGAAAGUACAAGUGAAGAGGAACUGAGCCAAAUCUCAGCCCUGCUAGCAGGAAACAUCAGCGUUCCCCUACCCACAUACUUCAGCGUCGGCAGAUAUCCAAUCCCGACUAGAGUCGUUGAAAAAAUUCAAGCGGACGAUGAAGUCUGUCCCAAUUUGUAUUUCAUUGGAAGAAGAGGUACUCUGAAGACCUUCGAGGGCAUCCGAAUUGCAACCCUUGGAGGCGAAGUUGCAACAGAUGGCCAGCAAGAUCCAAAUAUUAACAACCGAUAUCACUCCCGCUAUACGGAUUCCGACGCUCGAUCUCUCUAUGGGGUUCAUGAUGCUGACAUCCUGGUGACUUAUGAGUGGCCAAAAGGUGUAACUGGGCGUUCGAAAGUUUCUUUGCCAGAAGAUAAAGCGGUACCGGAAGGCGCUCAAUGUGUGGCUGAUGUCUGCUCAACCCUCAAGCCGCGUUAUCACUUUUCUUCAAAGGCCGAGUUCUUCUACGAAAGAGAGCCAUUUUUUCAUUUGCCAACAGAGGGUAACCCUGACGAAAAGCCUGUAACCCGAUUUAUCAAUAUGGCGUCAUAUGGAAAAGCUAAGGGCCAGAAAUGGAUGUAUGCAUUCACAUUCGACCCCAAGGCUCCAGUGCCCAGUUCAAUACCAGCUGGUGCGACGGCAUCUCCUCUUGCCACUGUAUCUCGGAAGAGAGCAGCCUUAGAGAGUCAGAAUGAGGGCUUCCACCGGUUUUCAAGGGGAAAUAAUGAAAGACCACAGAAGCGCGCAAGGCGACCUCCUCCGGGCCCGGGCGAAUGCUUUUUCUGCCUGUCCAAUCCUGACAUCGCUACUCAUUUAAUCACGUCAAUCGGCAACGACGCAUAUCUCACCACAGCAAAAGGUCCUCUCACAAAGUCUGACUCUUAUCCGUCUCUGCGGUUCCCCGGUCACAUGUUAAUCAUUCCUUUUAUCCACGCCCCUACUUUUUCCGCGAUAACCGAGCCGGAUGCGCGGCAAAGUACGUAUAAUGAGAUGCAGCGUUACCGCGUUGCGUUGAAUGAUAUGGCUCGGGAAAAGGCCCAAAACAAGCUGGGAUCAGUAACCUGGGAGGUUAGCCGUGGCAACGGUAUCCAUGUACACUGGCAAUAUCUCCCCGUCGCCUCCGAUCUGGUGGCUAAAGGGUUAGUAGAAGCAGCGUUUAAGGUCGAAGGAGAAAAUCUAGACUAUCCGAAGUUCAAGCCUUCCGCAGGGGACGAUGGCGCCAGCGAGGUCGGUGAUUACUUCCGGGUAUGGAUAUGGCAGCCAGCAAGCAGCAACUCAGAGCAACAAACCGAGUCGAAAAAGGGAUCUGAGAAGGUUCUGGUUCUACCCCUGACACCAGACUUCCGGUUUGACUUGCAGUUUGGUCGCAAAGUCAUGGCGAAGCUUUUGCAGCUCGAGAAACGAAUGGAUUGGAGGGAGUGCGCGCAAACCAUGGAGGAGGAGGUGGCAGACGUCGAGGCAUUCAAGGUUGCUUUCAAGGAGUUUGAUUUCUCGCUUGAGGAAGAAUAG